UUGCCUAUUUCCUGCCGCCGCGUUUUGAUGACGAAAUUUUCCUGCGCCUCGGGACGGGCAGCGGCACGUAAGGAAAAGUCAGUUUCCGUUUUUCCCGCGGAUUCUGGUGCUUGUGGGGCCGGUGACCCAACACCAUGAAGGAAACGCCACUCUCAAACUGCGAACGCCGCUUCCUACUCCGUGCCAUCGAAGAAAAGAAGCGGCUGGAUGGCAGACAAACCUAUGAUUAUAGGAACAUCAGGAUCUCAUUUGGAACAGAUUACGGAUGCUGCGUGGUGGAACUUGGCAAAACAAGAGUUCUUGGACAGGUUUCCUGUGAACUUGUGUCUCCAAAACUCAAUAGGGCAACAGAAGGUAUUCUUUUUUUUAACCUUGAACUCUCUCAGAUGGCCGCUCCAGCUUUCGAACCUGGCAGGCAAUCAGAUCUCUUGGUGAAGUUGAAUCGACUCUUGGAAAGAUGUCUAAGAAAUUCGAAGUGUAUAGACACUGAAUCUCUCUGUGUUGUUGCUGGUGAAAAGGUUUGGCAAAUACGUGUAGACCUACAUUUAUUAAAUCAUGAUGGAAAUAUUAUUGAUGCUGCCAGCAUUGCUGCAAUCGUGGCUUUAUGUCACUUCCGAAGACCUGAUGUCUCUGUCCAAGGAGAUGAAAUAACACUGUAUACACCUGAAGAGCGUGAUCCUGUACCAUUAAGUAUCCACCACAUGCCCAUUUGUGUCAGUUUUGCCUUUUUCCAGCAAGGAACAUAUUUAUUGGUGGAUCCCAAUGAACGAGAAGAACGUGUGAUGGAUGGCUUGCUGGUGAUUGCCAUGAACAAACAUCGAGAGAUUUGUACUAUCCAGUCCAGUGGUGGGAUAAUGCUACUAAAAGAUCAAGUUUUGAGAUGCAGUAAAAUCGCUGGUGUGAAAGUAGCAGAAAUUACAGAGCUAAUAUUGAAAGCUUUGGAGAAUGACCAAAAAGUAAGGAAAGAAGGUGGAAAGUUUGGUUUUGCAGAGUCUAUAGCAAAUCAAAGGAUCACAGCAUUUAAAAUGGAAAAGGCCCCUAUUGAUACCUCGGAUGUAGAAGAAAAAGCAGAAGAAAUCAUUGCUGAAGCAGAACCUCCUUCAGAAGUUGUUUCUACACCUGUGCUGUGGACUCCUGGAACUGCCCAAAUUGGAGAGGGAGUAGAAAACUCCUGGGGUGAUCUUGAAGACUCUGAGAAGGAAGAUGAUGAAGGCGGUGGUGAUGAAGCUAUCAUUCUUGAUAGUAUAAAAAUGGACACUGGAGUAGAAGUCUCUGAUAUUGGAAGCCAAGAACAGAAAUCCUACAAGGAACUGGGAACUAGGCUGGCAGAGAAAACUGAAGGUGAUGCUCCCAUAAUACUCUCAGAUAGUGAAGAAGAAGAAAUGAUCAUUUUGGAACCAGACAAGAAUCCAAAGAAAAUAAGAACACAGACCACCAGUGCAAAACAAGAAAAAGCACCAAGUAAAAAGCCAGUGAAAAGAAGAAAAAAGAAGAGAGCUGCCAAUUAAAGCUAACAGUUGUAUAUUUGUAUAUAUAACUAUUAAAAGGAUAUUUAUUCCAUUCUAAGAACCCUGGGUAUUUUUUAUUCACAAAUCCAUUAUAAAAUCUAGCAGGGUUUUAAAAAUAGUUUUUUGUUUUUAAUGUUAUGCUUUAAAAUAAUAAACCUUCUGGAGCA